GCGGAACGGAGCGACAGCCAAUGAGGGCGCACGGUUUGAUUUAAAGGCGGGUGCUGAGCGUAUCUCAGGCAUCUGUGUGUGGAGAGAGGCGAGAACGGUUGUAUAGUUGGUGACCUGAGCAUCUAAACUCUUUUGGGAGUGACUAAAACAAAAGAUGGCAACCAUAAUCUACGUUGACCAAGAGAACAGUGAUCUGGCUCCUGCUGCAUUGUCUAAAGAUCGUUUGAAGUCCUCAAAUGCUAAGGCCGUUCUCAAGGUCCAACAAGGCAAAGUGUUUGGCUCUGGUGGAUUUGAACAAAAGACUUCAAGAAAAGCUCUGGGAAAUAUCAACAAGCAAGUGGUAAAUCAGAAAGCUGUGCCAUCCCAAAAAGGAGAAUUUAAAGCAAAAAAACCUGUACCAGUAGCUAAAAAGGUUUCUGAAACACAUUUCAAGCAGAACUACCCUGAAAUUGAGAAGUUUGUUCCCUACAACCCAAAAGACUUUGAAAGCUUUGACGUCCCAGAAGAACAUAAGCUGAGUCACAUUUGCCUAGCUGGUGUCUCCCUUCUGGUGAAUGAGAAUGAAGCUACUAGGAUUGAUGCAUUACUGAAUCAGGAGCUCUCUCCCAUGGAUGUGCCAUCCUUCAGCUGGGAAUAUGAUGCUGCAGAUGGUCUGCCGUCUCUUCUGGCUAGUCUAGAGGAAAUCACCCUGGAUAUUCCUCCAAUGUUCCACUGCUAGUAUUUUGUUUUAUUUUGUUCUUGCUAUUUUAAUUUCUGUACAUCUCAAUAAAUUGUUUUGUGUUUUUUUUAAA